CAUUCUAAACAUAUCACACUAGCGUUAGACAUAUGUCUAGCUUCUAAAUUUAUUAUAAUCUUUCGAUUCUUCUCUAAAUUUUAUAAUGCGUGCAUUAAUCACUACUGAACCUUUCUGGAGCACAACUUGCAACCAGCAGUCGAGGUAUUCACGUACGUCAACCAGAUCCAAAUCGACGAGCGAAAAGCCUUUGGUGGCAAAGCUCGUGGAGUAUGUAAUGUCAUGGGGCAAACCAGAACAGACUCCACCAAAACAGAUUGAACUCAAGAGCGACCAACAGGAGCAAGUGGAGGAAGAGAGAUGUCCGAAAAUCAAGCAAAUAUCAGCGAAUUCAGUGAAUCCAGUCCAGCAAACUUACCAUAGUAGCAAUCGGUCAGAUGUAUCCCAAUCAAUGUACUAUUCGAAUUCCGCUCCAGAAAUGAGAGUAGGUUUCGCCCCCGAGGCCAGGGCACAGCCCAUGCCCGCUCUUAGCAACACCCGGGAGCAUCUGGGCAAGGUAAUUCCAGUGGACGAGCAUCAGAUUAACCAACUACUUAUGCAUCGACGGGAAAGCCAAGUGCCAAAGGGCUUGCUCAAGUAUCCGGUUCAGCCGCUGCAGGAGACGCUCACGCGUUACUUGGAGAGCUUGCAGCCGCUGGUCAGCGACCGAGUCAUGGAUAAAGAGGAGGAUUUAGCCGUGGACUUCUUGCGAAAUCAGGGCUAUGAACUGCAGUCGCUGCUGCAACAAGCUGGCGAAUCAAGUGCCAAUUGGCUCACCGAUCGCUGGACCGAUGUCAGCUACCUACGCUAUCGCGCACCCCUGACGAUAUUUUCCAGCUCCUGCAUAGCGUUCCCCAAGCAGAACUUUCGCAAUAGCCUGGCCUACUUGGACUUCACGGCCAAAGCGAUUCACGCCAUGUGUCAAUUCCAUUGGAUUGUGGAGAACAAUCAGCUGCCAGUACGCAAAAUGGAAGGCUUCGAUUUGGACAACAGUCAGUUCCACAAUGUCUUUGGCACGGUUCGCAUACCGCAGCGCUCUUGCGACUACUUGCAGCAGUGCAAGUCCAACUAUAUAGUGGUCAUACACAGGAAUAACUUCUACAAGCUGCCUGUUUUCGAUGCUGUAGAUAAGCGUAUCUUUAAUGUUCUUCAUAUCCGCAAACAACUGAUGAAAGUUAUAAAGUCCGGCAGGCUUCUGGGUCCAGCGAUUGGUCUGCUCACCCACGACAAGCGCGACCACUGGGCCGAAGGACACGAGAUGCUGUGUCGCAAGGACGUGAAUGCCGAGACAAUUCAGUGCAUCGAACAAUCUCUCUUUACCGUCUCUCUGGAUGAUGCUAUUCCCGUGCCUGCAGGCGAGGAGCGUUCGCUGCUGGCGGCUCAGCUGAUGCAUGGCGGUGGCCCCCAUCUGAACAGUGCCAAUCGCUGGAUGGACAAGGCACUGCAGCUGAUAGUCAAUCCGUGCGGCUUGGCCGGUCUCUGCUGUGAGCACUCACCCGCCGAGCCCCAGCCGGCGGCGAGUAUCAUGGACUAUAUACUAAAGAAUGUUCACCAUCCGAACUAUGGACAUCAUGCCAAAGAAUCGCACAAAAAUGAGCCACUAGAGUGGCUUUACUUUGAUGAAGUGGAUGAGUGUGUGACCUUCUGGUUGUCCACUGCCAAUCGGACGGUGAAUGAGCUCAGCAGUCGGCUGCAAUUGCAUGCCCAGCGAUUCGAUUGCUAUGGCAAGAGCCUGUUGAAUGCACAGCAGCUGGAGCCGGACAGUUUUGUGCAGAUGGCGUUGCAGCUGGCGUUUUAUAGACUGCACAGGGAGCUGCCCGCUCAGCUGGAGACGGCCCAUUUGCGCAUCUUUAAAUUCGGACGCAGCGAAAUUAUACGUUCGACCAGCAAUGAAUCUUUCAAAUUUGUGCGUGCCAUGGUUUCGGAAGAAACCUCGAUUCAAAAUCGUUUGUUUGCCCUAAAAGCCGCUGUUGAUUACCAUCGACAGCAGGCGAUGAUGGCGCUAAAGGGACGCGGCAUAGAUCGGCAUUUCUUUGGCUUGGAACAGAUGGCGCAUGAGCAUGGCAAGGCGUUGCCCGAGUUCUUUAAAUCGGAGGGCUAUCUGAAAUCGAAAGAUUUCCGCAUACUCAGCUCCCAGCUGUCGACGCCGCAUGACUCGUUCAUGGUUUACGGGCCGCUCAACUCGGAUGGCUACGGCUGCUGCUACAAUUUACGCGAAAAUGACAUUACGUUUACCAUAACGGCCUGGAAUCACAAUCCGCAGAUUUCGGCCCGAAGCUAUGGCAUGGCUAUCGAAUCCGCAUUGGCCGACAUGGGACAUCUUAUCUUGGAUUCGGGCAAUUGUACAUCGGUUCUAGAAUCUGACAGUGAUCGCACGCAGCGUUGAGGGCUUGUCAGGAUUUUUGUUUUUAUUAUUAUCUGUAUUUAUCGAACAAAAACAAGUCAAAAAAGGAAACAUUCAGUGGCUCAGGCAUAAAA